AAGUCAUGCCUUCUACAUUUAGGUUACCCUUUCUCUUUGGAACUUGAUAGUUAUAGCCUUGGCCUCCCACAGAAAAUGUCCUUCUCAGAUGAAACGUCGUCAGUAUACAAUUGGUGUUAUUUUCCCUUGUGAUUUUGAGAAACGUUCUGUCGCUAUUGAGAGGGAUCCCACGUUUCAAACAUUAAGAAAAAGUGGGAUUGACUUUGUUUUUACAAGUCUCUCUGUUUGCAUCGGUCAAACAUAGUGUGGUCGUAGUUUGAUCUUUGAUCCUUUGUGGAAACUUAAAGGUUUAGUCGAAAAUGGACCAGAAAAUCACCCCUAGUCACUCUGUCUGAGAAACAUUAAAACCUUUUUUUCUUGAUCAGUGGGCUGCCAAGUCAUUUCAUCACCCUGAUAUUUCAAUUCUUACUAGUUGGAAAUUCUUUAGAACUACUUGUCUACCUUGAUGCAGUUAAAUAAAAUGGAAGCCUUGAAAGUCUAAAACCGGUACACGUAAAAUCCGGGUCGUCGACACCAGAUGUUGCUUCUAGAAGAUUAGGGUUUUUUUUUUGUUUCUUCUAGAAGGGUGGGUUGGAUCUAUCUAGAUCAAAGAGUAGCCUGCCCGGCCGCAUUCCUUCUAGAAAAGAAAAAGGCAGAUGUCACUUCCGUUUAAAUAUGAGUCUCUUUUUUUCUUCCAAGGAAUAAAAUACAUUUUCAAGUUGAGCAUGCCAACCUGCUAAGCUUGAUAGCCAACGGCAAAAUUCGUGUGUCAAACACGGCAGCUGCCCCACCUCUCUUUUCUUUAUCAGUUCUUUUUAUGUACUUCCUUUAAAUAUUUCUGGUCCAGCUAUAUGAAAAAAAAUCUGUGUAUGGGAAAGACUUCACAACAAAGUCACAAGCAAAAUUAAUGCUAUUUUUCUUUUGUGGUGUUGUUCUCUAGUGUUGACAAGGAUGGACAUAAAAAAUCAUAAAGUCGUUGAUGUCUCUUCUUUCUUUCUCUUUGAGGCUACCGGAGAUUCGGAAGCUGGUUGUUUUGAUCCUGCCAUGGCUGUUAUCAACCAUGCUGAAGAUGACGAUGAUGAUGAUCAUGAUCAUGAUGAUGCAGAGUCAUGCAGCUGUGACACAUCUGAUUUUGUUCCCAGUGUUAGAGGGCUUAAUUGCUUAGAAGACAAAGCAAAUGUUGAUGAUGAAGAUGAGGAGGAUGGGGAGGUGGUGGAGCAGCAAAAGGAGGUUCAUGUGUGUGAAAAAUGGAGCAAUGAUCAACGAAUUGGAGUAGCAAAAGAACAGAAAUCAGCUGGUUCUGUCGACUCAACAAAAUCCUUGAAUGAGAUGGAAAAGAACAGGCUAUUUUGGGAAACCUGCCUGGCAUCUUAGAGUCUGGGUGUAUUUUUUUUUUUUUUUUGUUGUAGCUAGCCAAAUGACUUUCUCUCUUUCCUUCUGCAUCAUGUUCUCCGGUUUUCCCUAUUUUUAAGUUCUUCCCACUCUUUUUUUGGCUGGGUGCUUUUCCAUUGUGUAUUGUUUGAGAUACUGCCAAUUGUACAUGGAUAACAUGGUUUUGUAACAUGAAGAAAGUAUACAAACGAAUCAAUCUUGUUUUUGUAAUCUCUGCAGUUUCUCUAAAUAAUCUUUGAGGGUUCUUUC